UGCCACUGACACUAGCAGUGUUCUUAUUUUGUAAUAAAGCGAUGACAUAUCUGUCUUGCGCGGCGUAACGUUGAUAAAAUAGUUUCGCUACCGCGUGUUUAAUAUUUGUUUAUUAUUUUUCUGCUUCAGCAAAAGCCUGUUCCGCAAAAGCCUAAAGGGAUGGCUGAGGAGGAAAAAGCUGUUCCCUCGUCUAUGACUCAAUGCUAUGAAAAUUACAUUAUAGUUGAUGUGGGUGCCAAUCUAACAAAUAAGAAGUAUAGUCGGGACUUGGAUAGUGUGAUACAAAGGGCGAAGGAUGCCGGUGUGCAGAAAAUUAUGGUAACCGGUGCUAGUAUUCGUUCCAGCAAAGAGGCGCUGAGGUUGACUAGAAUAUAUCCCGGGACACUUUACUCAACUGCCGGUGUGCACCCGCACGACGCAAAGUCUUGGGAAGAGCCGAACACAUUGCGCGAAUUGGAAAGCAUAGCCAGCAAUCCGGAAUGCGUUGCAAUCGGAGAAUGCGGCUUAGACUACAGCCGUGACUUUUCAGCCCCAGAGGCGCAGCGCGCUGUAUUUCACAAGCAAAUAGAACUAGCCUGUUCAUUAAAUAAGCCACUAGUGAUACACGAGAGAGGCGCGCAGAAGGACGUGUUGGAGGUUCUUGACCAGUAUAAGAACCGUCUGCCGCCCAUUUUGAUUCACUCCUUCAUCGGCACCGCGGAAGAGGCGCAGAUUUACUUGGAUCAAGGUUUUUAUCUGGGCAUCACGGGCUAUUUGUGCAAAGAUAAAUCCGAUAGUGGAGUGAGACAAUUAUUGGAAGGAGGGCGAGCGCCGUUAGAUAAGAUUCUAGUGGAAACCGAUGCGCCGUUUAUGUAUCCAAAUACUAGAGCCAGCAAAUUGCCCGUACACGUGAAGGAUGCCCUAACCGAACGAUCUAUGACGUUUCUUCAUCGUUACUGCACCUUCCAACGUAACGAGCCCUGUGCCUUGCCAACGAUCGUGGAAAUGGUAGCGGCAUUUAUGCGAACCACACCGGAACAAGUCGCGCUGGCUACCGCUUUUAACGCUUUGAAAUUAUUUGGUUUGAAUCAAUGAUAAUAAUACUUGGAUCUCAGAGAUAUACAUAUAAUGGGUGCUAGUAGGAGGUGCUAUGACAAUUGAAUUAGAUUUUUUAAUCUAGAUUUUUAAAUAAGCAUAAGCUUCAACUUUGGAACAUAACAUAUUUCUUUUAGAGAUAUGCGAAUUGAAGUUUUUUCGACGUCGAAUCGAAUUGAAUAUCAUAUCAUAUCUUUCGAAUCUGAAUUAAACCGAAUCGACUAAAUUUUAUCCGAAUCGAAUCGUUAAAACAUCAUUUCUAACAAUAUAAUUGUUAGAUUGUGUAUUUAAUACAUAUAUAAUAAAAGAUUUUGACGUAAAAAUAAUAUUGCUUAUGUG